AUGGGGCGGAGCCCCAGGAGGCCAGGACAGGCUCUUCUGUGCACCGCCGCCGCGUUCGGCGGCCUCGUUUUGCUGUCUCGCAGCUGGACAUUUGUGCGCCUCACAGCGCGCCCGCUGGUCCAGCCGACUGAUGCCGGCGCAAUCCUUCGGCGCUGGCCGCAGAGGUGGACUGGCCGAAGGGUUGCCCUGCAUGCAGCCACCCAGGCUUCGGAGGAGCUGACAGGGCUGCAGGAGUGGAUGGAAGAGGGCGGGGCUCUAUCGUCUGGGCUCCGCUUGGCUGACCUGCCAGGCUUCAAGUUCAGCCUCAUCGCUGGUGAGAGUGGGGUGAAGGCUGGCGACGUGCUGUUGCGCGUGCCGGCAUCUAUGCACAUCUCGCCGUCUUCCGUGCGCUCCUCAGCACUAGGGAAGCUGUUGGAGCCACUUCAGCUGGACGACAGCGCGACGUUGGCUCUUGGCCUUCUCGCCGAGGUGAGCAAGAAGGAGUCCAGCAAGUUUUGGCCGUACCUCAGGAUCUUGCCUGGCGCGAGCGAUCUUCACAUUCCGCUGCUGUGGCCAGAGGAAGACAGAAGGCGUCUCCUCGCUGGCAGCCCGCUGGACCUGGCGGCGGAGCAGCAACGACUAGGGCUCCUUGAGCAGUGGAGCGGCAUCCAAGAAAUGGCCAAAGACGUGCCCGACCUCUCCGCCGAGUUAACGGAGGAGGACUGGCUUUGGGCACAUGCCAUCGUGCUGACACGUGCCCUGCCCUUCGGCAACGAGCUGUCCCUGAUACCUGGACUGGACUUGGCCAACCACGAACUCGGGUCCAACAACACCUGCUCCAUUGGCGUGGCUGCGCCGGACGGUGAAGUGAUGGAGGCCACGGAAGAGGCUCAGCUGCAGGGCAAAGAGGCAGAGGCCGUGCUGACCGCAGGCCGUGACCACGAUGCCGGCGAGCAAGUCUUCAUCGACUACGACGGUGGCGUCGGACUCCGCCUGGCAUGGGAGAUGGUGCACACUUACGGCUUUGUUCCGAACAACAUGCCUGCGUACGCCGGCAGGCCAGUGUUCUUCGAGGGGGUCCAGGCAGAGGAUCCAAUGGCACGCCAGAAGCAGGCCUUGUUUGAGGCGCUGGGCGCGGACCCCGAGGUCUUGCAGGGAUUCUGGCAUGAGGUGAGACCCAUUCGAGCCCAGUGCAGGGCCAUGGCUCCAAAGCUUCGCCUUGCCCAUCUCAAAGAGGAGGACGGGCCGCUCGCUGCCGACCUCGCUUCCUGGAAGGCUGAGCCCAAGGCCACGCUCCAGGCACUGCAGGCGCCGAUCAGCGAGGAGAAUGAAAAGAAAGUUGCUGAGCAGGUUGUGAGCGCGUGCUCCGAUGCACUCUCGGGGCUUCCCGCGGAAGAAGAGCUCAAAGACAAAGCUCUCGUGCGGGAAACGGAGAACGAGGAGCCUUUGGAGGUUCGCACUCGCCUGGCGGCCCGCGUGCUCUUGGGCGAGCGGCUCGCCCUGGAGACCUGCAUCCGCGAAUGGACUGAAAUCACAGGCUGA